GCCUAUACUACAACAUAGAAGGUCAACCUCCGUUGAGUGUACAAAUGUAGUAAUUUUUAUAUCCAUCUUGUAGGUAAUGCUUGCUCUUCGAUUUUAUGCUUCGGGGAGUUUUCUUGAGGUAAUUGGGGACACGAUGGGUGUAGACAAAGGCACGGUAAGCAGAGCUGUCACCAAUGUCACCGAAGCUCUUCUGUCUAAAAAAGACCAGUUUCUGCGGUGGCCUACACAAGGUGAUAUGAUGAAGUCGCAGAGAGUCUUUUUUAUGCGUGGAGGAUUCCCAGGGGUAAUUGGAUGUGUCGAUGGUACUCACAUAAGGAUACAAGCUCCAACUCUAGACGAACCAACUUACGUCAACAGAAAAGAGUGGCACUCAAUCAAUGUGCAAGCUAUAUGUGACCAUGAAGGAAAAUUCAUUAACAUUGACGCUCAAUGGCCAGGAAGUACACAUGAUAGUCACAUCUUCCGAAUGUCCGAUGUCAGUUUGUAUCUCGAGAGCCACAAUCGAAGCGUUGAUGAUGGAAUUCUAUUGGGCGACAGUGGUUACGCAUGCUCUCGGUAUCUGUUAACACCAUACCUGCACCCUGCAACACCCUCACAAGAAGCAUUCAACUCGGCCCAUUGUAAGACCCGUAGCACCAUUGAAAGAGUUUUUGGUUGGUGGAAGAGGAGAUUUCAUGUUUUGCAUGGUGAAAUAAGAAUGAAGCCGGGUAAGGUUUGUAGAGUCAUUGGAGCCUGUGCCAUAUUGAAUAACAUCGCACUUUUGUUAAAGGAGGACAUGGAGGGCGAUGGCCAACAAGACGGAAAUGGAGUAGGCCAUAUCAAUUACAAUGGACCCGAGGACGGAAGAGUUGUGAGGAAUUUCAUCACCACAACAUAUUUCUAAUUUCAAGUUGAAUAUGUGCCAUGGUGUUUAACAACAAGAAUAACUCUUGGUGCAGCUCAUGCAGAUUCCAACCUCUCCUGCCUAAAUCUUAAAGUUUUGAUCUAACUUCUAACUAUGCUUCUAAGCUGACAUGUACAAAUUUAACUGUAUUAUUUUUACUCUGCUCUGUCUCUUAGGUAUGCAUAUUUAUUUAGUCUAUGUAUAUAUCCAUAUUUUUGUGUUUGUGUUGCAAACUUUUUUCAGUGCUGUGCAUCUUAGUAUAGCUAGUCCCUGUGUAUAUAUAUACAUGACUUGUGAUGUCUGUAUACAUGUAUGCGUCCUGUUUUAUUUCAAAUUUCUGUUUUUAUGUCUAUGCAUGCAAUUAUAUAUCAUUAAUGCUUUGUGUUUUUUAUGCUAUAUAGUCGGUUAAAGAGCUCUUAGCUCAUGUUUAUUGUUACCUGUAUAUAGUUCCGACUUUAAAUAAAAAUUACUUACUUACUUAUGAAAAUGAAACAUUCGCACAUACAAUGUCUCUCACAUACGAUAAUUUGAGCAAUAAAUUACUAUCAUAUGGAUUUAAAAA